AUGGCCAAAGCCGACGGGAUGAAGGUGUACAUCCUGUGCUACACGUCCGGGUACGUGGUGUGCACGACCGACCCGGAGAUGACGGCGUUGUCGUGCAUGGUCACGAUCAACAGCACGGGCAUGCCCGAGUUGACCAACAGACCCGACGUCGUGGUGGCGGAGCUGAUCGCGGAUGGCUCCAUGGUGUACAUCGACACGCUAGGCAUGAACGGCAACGCGAAGCUGUCGGUGGAUCUCAAGAGGUACAAGUGGCCGAUCGCCACCAGGAGGCCGUACAUGAUCUACAGGAAAGGUGUGGGACAGGGUGCCGACCACGUUGGAGCUCGAGCUCAUGGCGAUCAGAUCCGGAGUCCACAUCAGGCGCCUGGUCGAGUCCUUCGCCGCCAAAUCGAACAGCACGGCACCACCGCCACCAUGCUGCUGUUGUUGACCCUGUCUCGCGAAGAUGGCCCCGGUCGGCACGGCGUUGGUGGCCGCGCUGAUAGCCCCGGGCAUGAAGACGUUGCGGACAGCGUUCAUGUUGCCGAACAGAUUCCUGGCCAUGUUCGAGAACGGGAUGUAGCGCUCUUCGACAUAUGGGGUCUUGCCCACGGGCUUGGUCAAGGUCCUGUUCUGCGGGCAGUGUGCGGCCAGAUGCGAGUCCGUGGACGGGGACCUGGUCAAGUUGGGGAUGACGAACCUGAUGCUGGACACGGGUUCCCAAUAUACUACGAUACCGAGGACAGCCCGGGGAAUAUCAUCAACUUCGCGCAGAGUCUGUCGAACAUGUACCGGGGCAUGAGCAUCAUCUGGUACUCGACCGAAAACGUGGUCAACUAG